AGGAGGAGGGCGGGCGCCAUGAUGAGCGGAGCCGUGGUGAGGCGGACCCAGGAGGCGCUGGGGAAGGUCAUCAAGAAGCCGCCGCUGACGGAGAAGCUGCUCAGCAAGCCGCCCUUCCGAUACCUGCACGACAUCGUCACCGAGGUAAUAAAGAUGACCGGUUUUAUGAAGGGGCUCUACACAGAUUCUGAGAUGAAGUCUGAUAACGUUAAGGACAAAGACACAAAAAUCAUCUUCCUCCAGAAGGCCAUAGAUGUUGUUGUAAUGGUUACGGGAGAACCACUGUCUGUGAAGCCCGCGCGGAUCAUAGCGGGGCAUGAGCCCGAAAGAACUAAUGAGCUGCUCCAAGCAAUUGCAAAAUGCUGCCUCAGUAAGUUAUCAAGCGAUGAUGCUGUGAAAAGGGUCCUGGCUGGGGAGAAAGCAGAUAUGAAAGGAAAACCACCAAAUACCUCUAAGUCCCAGGAUAAAGAAAACAGGGAGUCCAAGGAAGAAGAACUGAAAAGCUCUAAGGAUAAAGAGGCUAGAAGAAAUUCUGAAAUAAAAGAUAGAAGCACAAGCAGAGACAGAAAACCCAGGCAAGAGUCGAAAGAAGAAGAAAGCAAACCAAGAGAAAAAGAAAGAGAAACAUCUAAGGAUAAUGCACGGGAGAGAUAUAAAGAUCAUGAAUGGGAGAAGCUCAAAGAAGGGGAAAAAGACAGAAGCAAAAACAGAAUACCUAAGCAAGAAAAAGAGACAGAAAAAAGCAGAGAUAAAGAGAGAGGAAAGAAAGAGGAUAAAGAGCAAGAGAAAGAUUCAGAGCAUGGGAAGGAGAAGGAAAAAAAGAGUGAUGGAGGGAGAGAAAGGGACAGACUGAAAGAAAAGGACAAAGGAAAGGAAAGGGAAAAAGACAAACGAAAAGAACGGUUAAAAGAUGGGGAACAUUCAAAGGAGAAGGAAAAGAACAAAGACCAAGAUAAAGCUGAAAAGAAGUCCACAGGCUCCGAGGAGACCCCUUCUACAAAAGUCUCAGCGGGACCUGUCAAAGAAGCUAAACCUCAUCCAGAUAAAGAGGCUGAAACUUCUACAAAAACAUCUAGAUCAGUGGUCACAAAAGUUUCAAGACGGCGAUCCAAAGCUUUAGGAGAAGGUACACUAUUACAGCAGACUAAAACACCCCCCGCAGUUAGAAGAAAAGACUCUAGAAACAAUGCAACUAGCAUUUCCCCUGAAAAAAAGCCUAGUGUUUCUUCCCAUGGUAAAGUUAUUAAGGAGGGGGCAGAGAAACAGCUAGUUUCAGAUACAGUGAUGUCUGGGCUUCAGAAGGAGCCAGGUCAGGAAGCUACAGCACAAGAGCUAGGAAGAAAGGAAGCUAAUAAUGAUACAAGUAAAGUUUCAGGUGAAACAUUAGCUAAUGUACUACAUGAGAAUACUGAGCUAGAAUUGGCAGCAAAACUGAAAGGUGACUCCAUUAGUGAUGGAGUCUUUGUGUUAGAGGGAGAUGUGGGAACUGUUGUCCAGGAAAACCCUGCAGCGACAGAGAACAGUGAAAUACCAAUUGAACUUCCAGCCAACUCUGCCGAAAGAAGGAUACCUCGUCCUGGAAGUGCCAGACCAGCUCCUCCCCGAAUCAAACGACAAGAAAGUACAGAAUUGUUAGUUCCUGAGAGAUCAGGCAGCGGCAAAAUCGUCUCAAACUUAAUCAUAGACAGACAGACUUCUGAGGAUGACGAGGAUAGUCAGUUUGUCGUGGAAGCAGCACCUCAAAUUCCUGAAAUGCCAGAAAUGGAAAUGGCACCUGAAGUGGAGUUAGGAGAUGAGAAGCAUGGUGGUCUUGUAAAAAAGAUUUUAGAGACCAAGAAAGAUUAUGAGAAACUGCAGCAGUCACCAAAAUCCACAGACAAGGAAAAGCCACUUGUGUCAGAAGCAGCCAGACGGAAAGAGAAGGACAUAGUUUCAAAAGAGAUUGAGAAGCUCCGGACAUCCAUUCAGACCUUAUGCCGGAGUGCCCUCCCUCUAGGAAAGAUCAUGGACUACAUCCAAGAGGAUGUGGACGCCAUGCAGAAUGAACUUCAGUUGUGGCAUUGUGAGAACAAGCAGCAUGCUGAAGCGCUAAAAAAGGAACAAAGCAUCACAGAUAGUGCUGUGGAGCCUUUAAAAGCAGAACUGGUUGAACUGGAACAGCUGAUUAAAGACCAACAAGACAAGAUUUGCGCUGUAAAGGCUAGCAUUCUGAAAAAUGAAGAGAAAAUCCAGAAAAUGGUUUAUAGUAUCAAUUUAAGUUCAAGGAGGUGAAGACUAGGUGAUUCAAGACUGAGAGUGACUCAAUUUUUACAAACCAAAUGAUAAAAGGAUGAAAAUGUAUAAAGAUAUGACACUUUUUUGAAAAGAGGUCCUUCAGAGUUCCUAUUAGGCAGAGAAAAUCAGCAAUUUAUUUUACACUUCUGCGCUUCAGUAAGAGUGCACGUUGCCAUUUUGCACUGUUUUUGAAAUGUAUAUAUGUCAGAGCUAU